CGCCCUUGUUCACUGCACGCCCGUGAAGUUCUCAAUCCACUCUCUGGUGCGGGAGUGUGCAGGUCGUUUCCUGGACAUUUGAAGGCUUACGAAAUGGUUGCUACAGAUCCAGCGUUUGAAGGUGCCGGACAGGAACCAGGCCUGACGAUAUGGAGAAUCGAGAAACUGGAGGUGAAAACUGUGGACAAAAAGAUGCACGGCAUGUUUUUCUCGGGUGAUUCCUACAUCGUUUUACACACAAAGCUGCCGAAAACUGGACGUAUGCAAUGGAACAUCCACUUCUGGUUGGGCAGGGAUACCUCACUGGACGAAUACACAGUGGCAGCCAUCAAGAGCGUUGAAUUAGACGAAUCUCUGGGUGGAAGCCCCGUUCAGCACAGGGAAGUGCAGGACCACGAGUCUGAUCUCUUCCUCUCUUACUUCAAGACCGGAGUCAAGUAUCUCGAAGGUGGCAUAGAAUCUGGUCUGACCGCCGUCGAUACGAGCGUCCACAAGAGACUGCUGCAGGUGAAGGGCAAAAGGAACGUCCGAGUUCGCCAGGUUCCCUUGGCAGCAUCUUCCAUGAACCGUGGCGACUGCUUCAUUUUGGACGCUAGGGACACCAUCUUCAUAUACCAGGGACACGGCAGUGGCCGUAUCGAGCGCAUCAAAGCUAUUCAGAUCGCUAACGGCAUCCGAGACGACGUGCACGGAGGCAGAAGCAAGAUCUUUAUUAUCGAUGAAGCUAGCUCCGAGGGAGACGUGGCGCAAUUCUUCGAGGAACUGGGCGAGGGUUCUGCGGCGGACAUCAAGGAUGCCGAAGCAGGAGGUGACGACGUGGAGCACGAAAGAUCCGUUGACACAGAGGUCUCUCUGCACAGGAUUUCCGACGCCGAUGGCGACCUCAAAGUGGAAAGAGUGGGAGCGAAGCCGUUGGCGCAAGAGCUUCUCGACCCUAACGACUGCUUCUUGUUGGAUGGCGGUGUCAGCGGACUCUUCGUCUGGGUCGGCAAAGGAGCCAGCCAGAAGGAAAGAAAAGAGUCAAUGCUCUUGGCACAGAAAUACCUAGGGUACCGCGGUUACCCGACCUGGACCAAAGUUACUCGCGUGAUUGGUGGAGCCGAGCCCCCCAUGUUCAAGCAGUACUUCGCUUACUGGAAAGAACCGGAACAUACCAGCAUGUUCGGAAGGAAAGAUGCCCUCAGCAAGAUUGCAGCUGUUGACAAGGCUUUCAACGUCAACGAUCUGCACCGAGAAAAACGCCGCCUUUUGUCUAAGAGUUUGGGAAGAGCUUGUGGAUUCAUGCCAGACGAUGGCUCCGGAAAAGUGGAGGUGUUCAGAGUGGAAAACUUCGAACUGGCUCCAAUCGACCCUGCCAUCAACGGUUUCUUCUUCGGUGGCGACAGCUACGUCCUGAAGUACACCUACAAUAAAGGGUACAGCGAGCGGUACGUUAUCUACUUUUGGCAGGGCAACGAGAGCAGUCAAGACGAGAAAGCUGCCUCUGCCAUUUGGGCCGUCAAGCUGGACAAUGACUUGUGUGGAAAGGCUAUACAAGUCCGGGUAGUGCAGGGACACGAACCGGAGCAUUUCCUGCGCAUCUUCAAAGGACGCAUGAUCAUCUUCACCGGAGGCCACGCUAGCGGGUUCCGCAAUCUGCGAGACCAUGACACGUACGACGUCGACGGCACGCGCAUGUUCCACGUCAAGGGCACUUCGGAUGUCAACGUGCGAGCCGUUCAGGUAGCCGAAGUUGCUGCCUCACUCAACUCAGAGGACGUGUUUGUACUCGAAACUCCCAAGACGACUUACCUGUGGAUUGGGGAGUUUGCUGAUGAAUCGGAAGUGGCAAUGGGACGGAACGUGGCAAAGCUGGUUUCUCCAGACAGGGAAGCGGUGUUGUUGAAGGAAUCCGAAGAACCUGACGAGUUCUGGCAGAGUAUCGGCGGAAAGGGCGACUACCAGAAGGGUCAUACAGAGGAGUCCAACCCACUGCUGGACGCAAGGCUGUUCAAGUGUUCCACGGCUACCGGAAAGCUCCGCGUUGAACAGAUGUGCAACUUUUCACAAGAGGACCUCGACGAAGAUGACGUCAUGAUGCUUGACAGCGGCGACGAAAUAUACAUCUGGAUAGGAAAAGGAUCCACCGAAGAAGAGCGGUCCAAGUCCCUCGAAGUUGCCAUGGAGUAUGUGAAGACCGACCCGACCCAGAGAGACCUGAACAACACUGCCAUUAUCACCGUCAAUCAGGACCAAGAACCAGAAGGUUUCACCUCGCUCUUUGAUUCUUGGGAUCCGAACCUGUGGAAGUCUCUGGCUUAGUGGCUUCUCUUCGCUGUCCUGACGGAUCGCCAUUCUCACAACAUGAUGUCUUACGAAGAUUGGAAAGAAGAGGUCGCUCGGCGCAACAACGAGCUUUAAAGACUACAGAAGUACCAUAUGCCUCGUGUGGUGCCUUACAAAAAAAUAGAUCAACUUUGAUGAAUCACUACGCAAUCCAAUCAAUGGAACCACAGAAGAGAAAUUACUUCUUUCAUUUUCCUUAAGUGAGAGUAAACCCAAGUAGCACAAUGUACUGAAAGUCGAGUAGGUAGACGGGUAGGUGGAAGGCCUUGAACAGACGCGUGAAGCUAAAGAACCUUGAUAAGACACAUACCGACCACCCAUAUUGCACUCGACUUUCGGUACAUUGUGCUGCUUGGGAACGGGCUUUCAUCUAAUCUUAUUCUUCAGCGUUCUGCCACUUUUCGCGGAAUUUUUACCCGCGCUAUUAUCAUGAUUUAGUUGUUGUGAUUUUAUUUCGCAUGAGAUUCGAAAAAUAUAACUUAUAAAGCGAGAUUACUUUGUGUUUUCAGGAACGCAUUUUUUCUGAGAUAUCUCCUUUGAUGAGAUGUUGUCAUGCCUGUGUUCGACGGCACACAUAUUGUGAAACCCUGUUCCUUUUAUUCCAUAAGGGUGUUUUUUAGCCAGUGCUUCAUCGUUCAGCCGCUGCUUAAAACGUUCGAUGCCUUUCCAGAGAAAUUUAUGCUUAUCAACAAUUUACGAGCAGUCAGUCGAGCGAUUUCCUUGUCGUGACCGCUGAAUUAACGCAUCGCGCAAGCGGUUUGUAUCUCAACAGCCACACGUGCCAGCUCUUUGAAGGUUGCCGCAUUUUACUGGCAUGGCAUAUUUUCCGAGAAAUGUAUUUUCAUUUCCCAUUUUCUAAAUCUACAGGUUUCUACUCACCUUAUUAGUGGUUUUCUACAUUCAUUUUACGUCAGGUGGGCGUGGCGCACACAAGGAACGAAAGACAAAAAAGACAAGCGCCUUCUUGACUUAUCACCAACGAGCCCGGCAUACAGCACUUUCAGGCCACAUUUCACGUAUUUAUCUAAGUUAGUUAACUAUCACCAACAGGGUGCUAUUGUCCUACUUGCUUACCUUUGUGAAUAGUCUGUUUUGUUUUUUACUUUGCAUUAAACAUAUCCCCCCCCCCCCCCCCUGUUUCCGAAAGUUUUGCUUCCGAAUUACACAUUUACCCGGAUAUGGAAUACAAUUAGAUUAGAAUUUCCCAAGCGGAAACAAGUGGGAGAGGGUGGCCAACGCGGGUAUAUAAAGCACAUUGUGCUCUAAUCAUCAGGCUCUAUAUGCGGUAAACUUGUGCUUUUGUGGUGCUUGCCCACGAUUGUGUGUUGACGUUAUCACUUUCAAUAAAAUCUUUUAGAAGCA